AGCGCGCGCCUUUGGAUGCGCGCAGUUCAGUCUGGUUUCUGCACGAAGGGAUAAAGGAGUGCAGGACCAAUUUCGCCUCCUCAGAACAUGGAUUUCUUCUGCGAUUUUAUUUACAUUCACAAGAUAAACAAAUUAACCAAUGCUUUAUGUGCUUUUCUUCUGAAAUCUUCAUUCCCUGCUGUGGAGAUGAAACCCCUGGUUGUGCAUCUGGAUUUUAUUUAGCAUAGAACUUAAAAAAGUGGAGCAACUGAUACGUUCGGGUUCGCGUUCAGUGAAGUGAUUUAUAUUAUUGAGUUGCUUAUGAUUGACAUAGUUUAUCAGGAGCACCAUCUUCAGUGCAUAAGUAGGAGUGUGUGUAUGUCGGAGUGAGCUGUACAUCCGCACUGGAGUUGGCCGGACAUGAUCAGGGUCCUUGCCUCCUACCUCCCCUGUCUGGGAAUCAUGGAUUUUAGCCACUGAAGGAAAAACAGCUUGAAAUCAGAAUUUGUCCUGUGUGACCCCCCAACACUGAGAUUAGUGUUUAACACUCAUAAGUUUUCUCAUCAUGGGCACUGCUUUGUCUCUCUCUCCGGGUCCCCAAAAAUCUGAUUACUAUGACGAUCGACCUAACUCCCUCGGCCGCUACCCGAGCUUGAGCAGCCGCUCUUUGACCACUCAGAAGGAGCGCGGGCUCAAAUCACGAGGACAAUCUAUCUUCCUGCCUGCUCUCACAUGGAAACGUCUUGUGGCCUCAACUAAAAAACGAGGCUCCUCCAAGAAAGGGUUUCCCACCAGCCAAGGAGCCAUGGGGGCACCACUUCACAACAACAACCACAUCUACCAAAAAGACCCUGUGUUACAUCUGAACCGAGAAAAUGUAAAAAAGUCUCUUUCAUGUGCAAACCUUUCCAGCUAUGAAGGUCCAGCAGGUCUGGGCUUGGGAAUGGGGUUGAACCUAGGCUAUGUUAAACCACAGCAGCAUUCCUCAGUCAAAAAGGUUUCUCAUGGAAGCUCUUCUCCGAAACGUGUGAUUGUCCAAGCGUCUACAAGCGAGCUCCUGCGAUGUUUAGGUGAAUUCCUAUGUGGGCGAUGUUAUCGGCUCAAGCUCCUUUCGCCUUCUGAUCCGGUUCUGUGGCUACGUGCUGUAGAUCGCUCACUACUGCUCCAGGGCUGGCAGGACCAAGCAUUUGUGACUCCAGCCAAUGUAGUGUUCAUCUAUAUGCUGUGCAGAGAUGUGGUGGAUGGGGAGGUUGUGUCCUCAGAACAUGAACUCCAAGCUGUCCUUCUCACCUGCCUCUACCUGUCCUACUCAUACAUGGGCAAUGAGAUCUCCUACCCACUCAAGCCCUUCUUAGUCGAGGCAGCUAAGGAGGCAUUUUGGGACCGAUGCCUGGCCAUCAUCAAUGCCAUGAGUGCCAAGAUGCUACGCAUCAACGCAGACCCACAUUUCUUCACUCAGGUAUUUGCAGAACUGAAAAGCGAAGGGGGAUGUGGACUGCAGGAUUAUGGGCGUUUGCUGGAUCGGUGAGUGGAGAGAAAGAACUUUCUCCUUCACUGCAUCGCCAGUAGAAACCUUUUUGUAUUUCUUAAUACCUCUGCGGUGUAAAGAUCUGUAGGAUCACUAAAUCAGUCCAUCAUCGUUGAGUCACAGUUUGUUGGGCACUUGACUUUGUUUCAACUCUGAUAUUGACCUCAUAGAUGUUAUAACUGGACGGCGGAUCCUAUUUCAUAGAAAGACAAACGCCAGGUGCCUUGAAGUUGAAGUAUGGCAUCAGGUCAAAAGACUGAAAGCAGCUUUCACCAGUAACGGAUCCUAAUACAGUUUUGGGAUGGUGCAGUUUUUUGUCUUUUUCUAAACAGCGAGCUUCAGAUUAUAGAAUAUAUUGUGUGAAGUUAAAGACGUCAGAAUGCUUAUCUUUGACAUAGGCCUCCACUCUGCCACCUGAGCCCUUCUUAAGCUUAAACCUCAGCCUAAAGCUAUCCACAUAACGAAUGGCACAUGACCUGAAAAUACUUGACCGAUGGAUAGUCCGUCUGGAGUGUUAGGAUAAUGUCCAUCUUCAUGGAAGAAACACUAGUUAGUCUGGUUAGUCUGUCAAUCCCAUAGUCUAGUUAGUCUGUCAAUCCCAUAACAAAAUGUUUGGAGACCACAAUGUUUUCUGUGAAAAUGUCAGAGAACAAGACGAAUGGAGAAAAACGUUCCCACCAAAGUCAGAGUUUUUGUGGGAAAUUUGCAUUAUGUUACCGUUCUAUAAAGAAAAUAUAAUAGCAAGAAAGACUUGUCUCAACACUAAAUUGGCUGAAGUUUUGGCUAAAGAAUUAGCAUUAUAUAAUCAGUUCAUAAAUAGCUGUUUAAUGUGAAUUUUUUCUUUGUACAAAAAUAUAAGUGAAAGCAUUCCAUGUUUUUUUUAUUUAUUUUUUUUUUAUUUUAUUUUAUUUUUUUUUUUUUGUAUGUGGACGUCCAUUAGCAGUUUGGUGCUGUGUUGUUCUUCUUUUAUUUUAUGAGACCAGACUUAGGCUGCUGUGGCAUUAAUAAGAUUAACAGAUUACCCAUACACACAGAUACACAGCACUUGUUCCUAUUGCCAGGCUAUCCUGCUUGCAGAGCUAAUCCAUACUGCUUGGCCAGUAUGUUUUGUUCUAUGUCUUUCUGUGUCACAUGGCUGUUCUCUCCUGCAAUGCUUAACAGACAGAGGCUGAUGAUCAUCGAAAAUCUGUGUGUGUUUAACAGGACAUGCUUUAUUGGGUGAGGGAAAUUUAAAGAGAUGAGUACAGACAUUUCUAAAAGCUGUCAGGUCACUGUGGUUACGCGCAGCUGCCUUUUCUCCAGGUGUGGGACCUGACAGAGAGGACACAGGGAUUUUCAAGGACAGAAGGUGCUUUUGUAUGUGGCCUCCUCAAUAAAACGAAAACCAUUUUCCCAAACAGUCUUUAGGAUAGUUCAACAUUUUGAUGUUCAGACUCGAAGAUGAGGCGCAGCUCCUGUAACAAUUUGUUCAUUUCAGUUUCCUGAAUACAAUUAAAAGUAUAGAAAGUGAAAAAUGGACAAAAAGAAAUGACAGGUGUGCUAAAGUUCCUUUAUAGACAUACUUGUUGAAUAGAUCGUUAUUAUACGUCGACACGUGGCUAAACUAUGUCUUUAAAGUGUAGCUGUUUGGUUGAGACAGCAGCACAUGGCUUUGCAUUUAACCGUUAAUCUGAAUGUGUUUUACUGCAGUGCCUCCGGAGGUAACCUCCUCCACCCAGCCUACUCAUCCACACAGAAAAAGAAUUAAUAAUAAUUUCACUCAUGCAAUAGUUUUAGAUGAAUACUCAAUCCAAAACGUGGACCGACACACAGCGAUAAUCUGUUAAUCCGUUUGUACCCCAGUCAAGAACAAUUAGAUGAAAAUGCAGCAAAUAUGUGAGUCAGAUCAGCAGAGAUUUCUGUUUGUUCUCUCUCCUGUUAUGCCAGGGUCAUCAGCACCACCGCCUGCUCAGACAUACACUCGCACUCCAUCCGAUGCCUGGCAGUACGCUUAUGUAAUAUCUAUAGGAAGAGCCAACACCUGAGAAGCAGCAGAUGACUGAAAACAAUGAGCAAAGAUUUACUGCAUAACAUGUUAUCAGUCGUUCACACUCUUAAGGCAGGAUUAUGAUGAUUUCCAACAAACUUCUUGUUUGAUGGGUAAUUCGAAAAAAUCAUAAAAAUAAUUUGAGCAGAAAUAUUCAUAUAUUCCAUUGAGCUAAGUCGUGGCCUAAUGGUUAGAGUGUUUGACUCCUAACCCUAAGGUUGUGGGUUCGAGUCUCGGGCCGGCCACGACUGAAGUGCCCUUGAGCAAGGCACCGAACCCCCCAACGGCUCCCCGGGCGCCGCAGCAUAAAUGGCUGCCCACUGCUCCGGGUGUGUGUUCACAGUGUGUGUGUGUGUGCACUUUGGAUGGGUUAAACGCAGAGAACAAAUUCUGAGUAUGGUUUACCGUACAUAGCCGUAUGUCACGUCACUUUAUCGCACUUGGACAGUUCAAUAUAAAGCAGGGAAUUGGGAGUCAUUUGAUUCUUAAAUGAAUAGUUUGUAAAGUUUACAGUUUUCUAUUAACUCUGAUUUCAUUUUAGUUGAAAUACCGAUGAAUGUUCUUCUAAUGUUCUCAACUCAACAUUAUCCCCUGAAAUGCUUUGAGUUGCCUUUUUGGUAAAAUCUUAAUAAAGAUUAAAUAAUAAACAUAUUCCAGAGACACUUUAAAAUAAAUUACAAAGUGCAGCUUUGAAUGAAAAAUCCACACUGAGUGUCUGAGCACUGACUUCAUUUUGCAAAUUGAUUCUUUAAUCUUUAAUGUCAGACUAUUUUGACAUCAGAUUACAUUACCCAUAAUGACUGGAACUGUUGCUUCACGACUACCUAAAUACAGCAGCACUUUAGACUUCAUCUGUACACUCUCCUCAAACGGUUUGGCUUUCAGAGCCGUCACAUUUACAUUCAAUGAUAUCGUGCUCAUUAGCUCGUCGCUCGCUAACUAGAUGAAACUAGCUGUAACUAAAAACGGAAAAUUCUGCACCAACCAACAAAUCAGCACCAGAAUCGCAAAGCACUGCAGAAAUACUUCGAUAUAAGCACAUGUCAUAUGGGUAGAGUUUCACUAUAAAGCACUGUUAAUGAAUUAUGGAUAUAACGAUUCUAAAGCCUGAGGAUGUGGCCUGUCUCAGAGCACCGGUUUAUUGUAUAUUAUUUUAGGUUUUCAACAGACAAAAGAAUAAAAAAAGAGAUGAAAGUGUUUAGCAGUAGGAGGAAACUCUGUGAUGAAUCAUAAAGUUUAUACUCUUACAGUUAUGUUUAUAGCAUGCGUUUGAAAACUCUGUCCAUCGCUUUUCUCAUUCUUGCCCCAAAACACACACUUUUGUCUUCUUUAGCCAUGCUAAACUGAUUCUAAAUCAGUCUCAUUGUGCAGGAAGAGUACAGACAAAGUAGUGUUCGUGCUCGGGCUGAUAUGUGAAGGCCCUCUAUAAGAGCUGUGUAGGGCUCUGUGAGAGAACGCUGAAGCUGCAACGACUUCUGCUUCCACUUGGAUUCUCCUGUUUGCUUAGCAUUAUCUCACAGUCUGGGAUGUAUCUUAACAUUGUUUAUUCACUGUAUCUAUUCCAUACAGCAGCUCUGUAGACUUUUUGGGGUAUUUAGACUAGCUGUGUAAACGGCACGUCUGAGUGUCCAGACCGCCGGAGAAAAUAUUGCUUGUGUCUUGCCAUGGGAAAAUCAAACAUUUAGUCCACAAGCUGAUGUUCAUGUUCAUGAGCUGUUUCACCACACAACCUGGUCAACAAUCAUCAUUUCUGGCAAUUAAAAGCGGUCCAAUCAUGCACCCUUGUGGAAUGCCUAUCACACCAUAACCCUAUCUUGUACAAGUUUUUUUGAAAGACUUCAUUUAAAAUUUUCAUUUUAAAGACACUCUACAGAAUGGAUUCUGACUGACUACAGCACAGGACAUUUCGCUCCUCUGGUUGUUCUUCAAGCACAAAGAUAUAUACUUCUGGCCUCAGAGAGAGACUCAGGAUUUAUGUUAUAUUUAAGGUUGUCUCUGCACUGCAAGGUGCCAUUACUCCAUGAGUUGUGAUUCUAUCCAUGUUUUCACUGCUGCUACAUAUUUAUGUGCGUAAAUCAGUAGACUUCAUUAGGACACUGUGUAGAAUGUCUAGCCAUGCAGACCAGUAGGAACAAAAUGUAAAUGUGUCACUAUGUAGCAAACAAAAGUGUACAUAUAAUAUGAAUUGUACUGUGUACUGCUACUGUGAUGUGCAGAUACUGGCUUGAUGGUUCCUUUUUAAUUACUGUUGUAUUUGUUGUUUUUUUUAAAAGUACGUUAUCUUUAUUGCGGUUCUCGGUAAACUGACGUCGGCAGUAUUAGUGGUGAAUAUAGAUGAUUCUAUUGAUUAAUAAUAAUGAUGCAAAAUAUAUUUCAGACUUA